UUUUAUGGAAAUUCAAUGCAUAAACGCAACAUAAAACACCCUAAAAACAAAAUGGAUUCCACCAAAAAGACGACUUCCUCAUCUCUGCUCAAAGCAAAUAACAAUCUCAACACCACGAUUUACAAGGAUAGAGCCAGCAGCAGCAACACUGGCGGAAAAAUGACGAUGAACCGCUCUUCCAGCAAGAAGAGACACGAUGACUAUUUUGGUUUUGAAGAAGAGGAUGAGCCUCCCGUCAAGGAGUCCAAGAAUUCCUGGGAAUCGUCCUCGGACGAUGAAAAGUCUUGUCCAGAAAACAAAGCAACUGAUGCUUUGAAGACACCUUUUGUAAAGAAGAUGAUGGACAAGAAGAGGCAGGAAAUGCAAGGAGUUGUGGAAAAUUACGAAGAGCAAAUUGAAAAAAUUCUUGAAGAGACCUGCAACAAAAGACUGACAAACAUUGUCAAAAUCAUGGAGAUUCUGAAGCCAGUGUGCACCAAGAUUUUAGAGGAUUGCAUGAAAAUUGAUGAGUAUAGCAUCAAAGUUACUCAAAUGAUAGAACUUCUGCAAGAAAACACUACGAUGUUGCAGAAAAUGAAGUUCAAGCACACAAAAAGAGUGGAGACCUUUCGUCAGAUGCUCAGAGAACUGGAAAAGGACGUGAAGAACAGAGACUCCAACAGAGAUGCAGUAGCUUUGUACCGCAAAGCUUUAAAGGAAACGUUGGAUAGAGAACUGGACGAGUAAGAUGAGCCUGCCAGAAUCAAAAGUUAAUGCAAGGAACAGCUUUUGAAGGUUGGGGAGAAUUUUCAGUAAGACAACAUUUCUUUUUCCUUACUUUGUAGUUGCAUUGGCAAAUUAAACUUAAAUCCUGUAUUUACUGAUAGUCUUAAUUCUUAACCAAAUUUUCUUUAAAUCUGUGCAGCAUGGUUAUUUUACCAUCUUUUAGACCUGAGAUGUAUAGUUUAAAGCAACCCCACAAAAGUUUUUUUUAAAGCAGAACUGUUUCCUAAAGAUUUGUGAUAUAUAAUUUAAC